ACCAGGUGUUUGUGGCCAGCCUUGAACUGGAAGAGCCCAGAGCCGAGGCUGGCGUGGGGCUGAAUCAGAGCAGGUUUGUUUUGCGAUGGAGACAGCGUUGAAGUCUCACUGUGAUGAACAGCACCCUCAUCAGGCUGAAGACUUCCACGGGAAGCAGGAGCAGAGCAGCAAGCUUCCAGCAGGAAUAAAAAAAGAUAUUGAAAAACUUUAUGAAGCAGUGCCACAGCUUGUAAAUGUGUUCAAAAUCAAGGAAAAAAUUGGAGAAGGUACUUUUAGUUCUGUUUACUUGGCCACAGCGCAACUACAAACAGGACACGAGGAAAAAAUGGCUCUGAAACACUUGAUUCCAACCAGCCACCCUCUACGAAUUGCUGCUGAACUUCAGUGCCUCACAGUGGCAGGGGGACAAGAUAACGUUAUGGGAGUUAAAUAUUGCUUCAGGAAAAACGAUCAUGUGGUUAUUGUUAUGCCUUAUCUGGAACAUGAAUCCUUCUUGGACAUUUUGAAUUCUCUUUCCUUUGAAGAAGUGAGGGAAUACAUGUUUAAUCUGUUUAAAGCGUUGAGGCGCAUUCAUCACUUCGGUAUUGUUCACCGUGACAUCAAGCCCAGUAACUUCCUCUACAACAGGCGGCUAAAAGAGUAUGCCUUGGUAGAUUUUGGCUUGGCACAAGGAACCCCUGAUACGAAAAUCGAACUUCUCAAAACUGCUCGCUCUGAAGACCAGCAGGGAAGUUGCUCGCAAAAUAAUCCCACCAUAGCCUUGGGAAACGGGGUUUCUGUCGGUGUCACAGCACCUAAGCAGAUAGCUCAACAGUCAGCCUCAAAAGCAGCUGAUAAAAGGUCCAGCUCACUUUCAAAAAUACAGAUAAAACAAGGAAGAGGAGGAAAGGAGGAUUCUGUGCACCAUUCUGUCCAGCGUUCUGUCUUUGGAGAAAGGAAUUUCAAUGUCUAUAGUUGCACAUACCAGGAGAACUCGAGUACAAAACUCAUAAAACAAUCGAAGAUGAUAGAUGUUUCAUCCAGGAAGUUAGUAGCAAAGAAGAAGAUUAUUUCUACCAAAACAGUGAGCAAUGGGGCAGCCAGGAAAGCUGCCAGUGGUUGUCCCUCAAACCUGACCUGUGACUGUUAUGCAACGGAUAGAGUUUGCAGUGUUUGCCUUUCAAGGUGUCAGCAAGUUGCUCCCAGGGCAGGAACGCCUGGAUUCAGAGCACCGGAAGUAUUAACAAAGUGCCCCACUCAGACCACAGCAAUUGACAUGUGGUCUGCAGGAAUUGUAUUCCUUUCUCUGCUCAGUGGACGGUAUCCAUUUUACAAAGCAAGUGAUGAUUUAACUGCUUUGGCACAAAUCAUGACAGUUCGUGGAUCCAGAGAAACCAUUCAGGCUGCUAAAACUUUUGGUAAAUCAGUUCUGUGUACCCAAGUUGUCCCAGCCCAAAACUUAAGAACCCUCUGUGAGAAGCUGAGAGGAACAAAUAGCUGCAAGAGAUCCCAGGGUGAAGUGCCCAGCAAGUCUGUGAGUGACUCAGCUUUGCCAGCCGCAGUAGACAAACCGUGCGCUCCUGAGACACUCGGAAAACAAAUUCAACACUUAAAGAGCUUUCAGGAAGGUGAUGGUGCUUUGGAAAUGAAGGCAACAGACAUGAAAGGAUGGGAUCAGGUUCCUGAUGAAGCAUAUGACCUACUUGAUAAGCUACUAGACUUAAACCCUGCAACAAGAAUAACUGCAAAAGAGGCUUUGCAGCAUCCUUUUUUUAAAGACAUGAGACUCUGAGAAGAUACCGUAUUCUAUCACUGCUUUCAUACAUUUUGUGUGGAAAUGAGAUACUGAGGUAGCUUUACCUUGCCCUCAACAUUUAUGCUUGAAACGCUGUGCACAGAACUACUGAAAUUGUCUUGUACAGUUGGACUGCAAAUGUAAGUUUACCUUAAGAAAUGCUUGCAGAUGUAAAAAUUACACAAACAUCACUAACAUGGUUUUAUCCUAAGACACCUCUGAGGGGUUAAUGCUGUGCAUACCUGUGUUCUCUGAGAAAGUUAACUUUGAUCAAAAACUGCAAAGAAAAAGGGUUACACAAGCUCUAUGCUUAAUUCUCGAGAUAGUCCCUUAAAACUUACAAAUUUGCCGUAAGGUGUGACUGAAAUAAGAAAGCACUUGAGAGACUCUUUUCCAUACUUGCAUAUCUCUGUUCCAUUUUCUGUCCCUCGUGUACUCAUCAGGAACAAAAGCAAAGUGUGUUAAUUUUGUUCAGACUUUUUUCAGAGAACAGUAUUAUUCUGGGAGUGUUGCUAGAGGAGGGGCCAGGUGCUGGAGGUUAUAUCAUCAAAAGAAAAGCAUUACUGUUUUAAAAGUACAUUUUUAUUCCUGUCUGGUCUUUCCUACUUAGGCAUAGCCCACCUUUCCCCAGUGCCGUGGGUACCUCAAUAUUCAACAACUAGUGCCUUCAGUGACAUGCAUGGGUUUGAUUCCUGUUAUGGAAAUCGGGUUGUUUGUUGUUUUUUUUUUUUUAAAGAAUAUCUGUUAAAUAAAGGAUUUGUUUUUAUAACUUCAGAAGAUUGUCUAGAGAUGCUUCUAUAAAAAUUGGUCAGGUAAGGUUUUCCUGUGGGAUGUUUCUGUUCAGGAAGAAUUAUGCACGUUUGUUUCCUGCAUAAAUUCCUCAGUGAUAGCAGACACUUUUCAGAUAGCGCUAGUAAAUAUGACUGUCAUAGUGGAAGUAUCUUAAUUAUCAAGGAAGUCUUACCACACAGUUAGAAGCUAGCUAUUGUCUGGUCAUAAGUAGGAAAAACAACCUUAAUAACCUCUAACCUCAUACAUUCAAUGUGCAAAAUACGUUACAUUAUGUUCAGCAGAAGCUAUUCUAAACCCCUUGAUAAUUCUGGAGAAUGAAACUUAGUACAGUGUUUUUCCAUGUACGUUUCUUGAAAUGCUAUUGGAGCUGUUGCUAUAAGAGGUUGCAAGCCAUUCUGAGAAAAGAUUGCUGCUUUGAUAACUUUUGUAUAAGCCUUCUCAUAUGAGCUGGUGGUUAUAGAAGUACAAAGGUCCUGAGCAGGGCUGGGGCUGAAAAGACGUUAUUUCACUAUAUUCAAAAUCUUGAAUACAUAGAAAGUGAUGGUAAUGUUGCUCUCUUCCUGGCAUCAGCUGUUCAAGAAAAAUAUUUGCAGAUGUUGGAAUAUUGAUUGCAGAAAAUCUUGAAACCCACAAUACCCUGGGGCCCAGGUCUUAGUAAUUUUUGCUGUUUAUAUAAUUUCAACACAGCACGUCACUGAGCAAUUAUUUAUCUAAAGGAACUGUGGCCAAAUUUGGCAAGCAAUGCUGUCUGCCAGUGUCUGCAGAUGUAUUGUUUCCUCCUACUUCACUCAUGCUGUCUAUGGUCUUAUGAGAGCACGAGCUGACAACAAGCAAAAAUAUGUCAACUAUCUAUUGUGACUUUCUAAACAACUUCAGCUCUUUAAGCUUUCCUGCUAACCAGAGCACUAGCAGCUCCUUGCAGCAGGCACAACAGCAAUUAACCACUGUGUAAGUUUUAUAGCCUGAAAGGGAAAAUAGUUGCUAAUGGUGUCUUUACCAAAACAUUAUGGGUAAAUAAAAUUCUGUAAGGAACAAUUCUAAGCUCAAUAUAUUCCAUAACAAGCUAGACCACCACAUUUAUUAGCUAUUUAUUUAAAACCUGGAGAGUUUUUUUUGGGUGAAGGAUAAAAUGAAAAGAAAAACGUGUUUGAACAAGUAUAUGCUUACAAAGUACUUUUUGUAGCACUCUACAAAAGGAUGAAAGCCAGAAGUAAGAUGUUAAAUGCAACGGGCUCUCAAGCGGGGGGGGCGGAGAGAGAGAAAGUUAAGGAGAAACAGCAAGAAAACACUAGAGGUGAGCAGUGGUUGCCACUGAGUUUUCUGCUCCUCUCUCCUCUGGUUCUAAGAAUCUCUCAAAGUUAUAGGUAGGAGCCAAGCACCAAGAUUCCUUUAAAGUUUAAUUACGUGAUUUGAGAUGUUUAUAAACUGAAUGUGAAUCUCCUACCAUGAGAGCUGCAAUUAGAAGAAACUGCACAGAAAUGACAUCGCUGCAACGUGUGUUCAGCGGUCGUGAGGCCACAGCUGGGUUACUGUUAAGUUCUGGACACCAUGCUAUGACAAGGAUAUUAAUAAAUUGGAAAGAAACCAAAAAUGGCAGCAAAAAGCAGCAUGGUUUUAGAAAGAUGAAGAGAAACUGAUACUUAAAAUCCUGAGAACAGAAUGCUGGGAGCAACUCUAAAUACAUUUGUGUAUCUAGCAUAGGGAAGACUAGCUUAUUCUCAGUGCUAAGCCAGGCUAGGUGAGGAAAUUGUGGCAUGUGUUAAGUUUAUUAUAUUUUUCCGAGUUGUAAAUGAUAAUUAGGAAACAGGAGACCAUCUUGUUAAGGGUGUCUGAGGAAACACGUGCAAAACAGCACAGCUUUUUUCAGGAUAAUACUGAUAAUAAGGGUUACAUGAAAGUUUAAGUUCUGUUGAGUUUGUAGUCGUAUCACUUUU